ACCAUCACACUGCAGCAACCCACCAAUGACUUGACGUGAACCUGAAACUAUAGUCGAAUGGGAGGAGAGUGUUCACCUGGGAUAACAGAGGCACUUCCUUCUCCUCCCUGACAGUGAACAGGUUAGUGGUGCCUGCUGACCUGCAACCAAUCCCACCCCACCGGCUCCCUCAAUCUGAGGAAAGCUUCUCCGCCCCUAUCACCUUGUGAGGAGAAGUCUGCAAUGAUGAGGAGGAGCGAAAACUACCUCCCAGUCCCUGGUGAGGAGAAAAGCCUGGACAGAGACUUUGACGACGGCAAGGGCACGAACGAGUCCAUACCCAUGAAAACUCUCUAUGCGGGCGACGGCUCGCUGCUGCACCCGCACCUUGGGCCGCACUUCUCGGACGGCCGGCGGCGCGUGGACUACGUGCUGGCCUACAGCGUCCAGAAGCCCAGCAGCAUCCGCCGGCGCUCCUCCCGCUUCGCCGAGGGCAACUUCUUCCGGCAGCUGCGGCGCAGCCUGAGCAUGAGGAGCAGCCGGGCCCCGCUGCAGCCCAAGGAGGACCCCGAGCUGGCCGCCAAGGAGCAGCGCGCCGACUACCACGAGGACGACAAGCGCUUCAGGAGGGAGGAAUUUGAGGAGAACCUCAGAGCGACCGGACUCGAGCUCGAAAAGGACGAAGGGACUAAAAUUCCUGGGGUUGGCUUCUUGAAGAUCCAUGCCCCGUGGAACGUUCUGUGUCGAGAGGCUGAAUUCAUGAAACUCAAGAUGCCAACGAGAAAGGAUUAUAACGUCAAACAAGGCAGCAAUGUGGUGGAGAAGAUCCGACUGUUCAUUCACAAAGUGACGACUCCUCUCCACCCGGACGUGGAUACCAACCAACCAGAAAACGUCAAAUUCCUGUCUCAUCCCUUUUCUAGAGAGAAGCAGCAUCUAUUCAAUCUGUCUGACAGAGACAAAUUCUUUGACACGAAGACCCGGAGCUCAAUAGUCUAUGAAGUACUGAAGAGGACAAGAUGCACGAGGGAAAAAUACGCCAUGGGGAUCACCAGUCUACUGGCCAAUGGCGUCUACACGUCUGCUUAUCCUCUGCACGACGGAGACAUCGAGGGAGCGAAUGCGGAACCUAACGACAGAAAGCUGCUGUACGAGGAGUGGGCCAGCUACAGCGUUUUCUACAAGUACCAGCCCAUUGGACUCAUCAGGAAGUACUUUGGGGAGAAGGUCGGGCUCUAUUUUGCCUGGUUAGGGGUCUAUACGCAGAUGCUGAUUCCUGCUGCCAUUGUGGGAGUCAUCGUGUUCCUCUAUGGCUGCGCCACUGUUGAUGAUAACAUACCUAGCAUGGAGAUUUGCGAUCCCAGGCACAACAUCACCAUGUGCCCGCUGUGCGACCGGGCCUGUAGUUACUGGAAGCUGGUGACGGCGUGUGGCACGGCCCGAGCCAGCCACCUGUUCGACAACCCCGCCACCGUCUUCUUCUCCAUCUUCAUGGCCCUCUGGGCUGUUCUCUUUAUGGAGCACUGGAAGAGGCGUCAGAUGCGGCUCAACUACGCCUGGGACCUGACAGGCUUCGGAGAGGAGGAGGAGGAUCACAACCGAGCAGAGUAUGAGCUCCGGGUCAUGCAAAAAACUAUGAAGCAGGAUCAAUCGGCCCCAAAGGAAGAGAAGGUGAAGCUGACGUGUACAGACAGACUGCCGGCUUACCUAACCACUGUGGUGAUGAUGGGCUUCAUGGUGACGGUGACGUUCGUCAUCGUCUUCGGCGUCAUCCUGUAUAGGAUCAGCAUCAAGGCCGCGCUGCACAUAAGCAGCUACCCCACGGCGCGCUCCAACAUCCGAGCCACCGUCAAAGGCACCGCCGCCGUCAUAAACCUCAUCAUCAUCAUCAUCCUGGACGAGAUCUACGCCGCCAUCGCCCGCUGGCUCACCACACUGGAGGUGCCAAAGACAGACAAAAGUUUUGAAGAGCGUCUCAUUUUCAAAACUUUCAUCCUGAAGUUCGUCAAUGCCUUCACGCCAAUUGUCUACUUGGCUUUUUUCAGGGGCAGGCUUGUUGGAAGACCUGGAAACUACUUGUAUGUCGUUGGCUCCUACAGAAUGGAAGAGUGUGCCCAUGCAGGCUGCCUAAUGGAGCUGUGCAUCCAGUUGUGCAUCACCAUGCUCGGCAAGCAGCUGAUCCAGAACAACCUGUUUGAAAUUGGCAUUCCGAAGCUUAAAAAACUGCUCGCAAAGAGAAAGUCAGAGCUGGAAGAGGAGGAGCUGAGCAAGACUCUCCAGCGUCAUGAGAAAGACCACUUCUUGUGUCCUUUUGCUGGCAUCAACUCUGAGUACAUGGAGAUGAUUAUCCAGUUUGGGAUGGUGACUCUUUUCGUGGCUUCCUUUCCUCUGGCUCCGCUCUUCGCUCUUCUGAACAACAUCAUCGAAAUCCGGCUCGAUGCCAAGAAGUUCGUCAUGGAGCUGCGCAGACCCAUCGCGGCCAAAGCCAAAGACAUCGGUAUCUGGUACAACCUCUUGAGGGGCCUGAGCAAAGUAGCAGUCAUCGUAAAUGCCUUCGUCAUCGCCUUCACCUCCGACUUCAUCCCUCGGCUGGUCUACCAGUACACCUACAGUCCCGACGGCACGCUGCACGGCUUCGUCAACCACACUCUGUCAUACUUCAACGUCAGCGAUUUUGAGCCAAUGACGGAUCCUCUGGAGCCCAUGCACCUGGGCCACGAGGUUAUAAUCUGCAGAUAUAAGGACUACAGAGAGCCUCCUUGGUCCAGCACGCCUUACGAGCUAUCCAAGGAAUUCUGGGCCAUUCUAGCUGUCCGCCUGGGAUUCGUUAUCGUUUUUCAGAACGUGGUGAUGCUCAUGAGUGACUUUGUGGACUGGCUGAUACCCGACAUCCCCAAGGACAUCAGCCUCCAGAUUCACAAAGAGAAGAUCCUGAUGGUGGAGCUCUUUAUGAAGGAGGAGCAGGGUAAACGGAUAGCGGCGCGGGACCACCACAGCCCGGACAACUUCAACAGCCCCUCAUCAGCCCCCGAUUCGCAUCCAUAUCCGCCACAGCCCCGCUCCCGCCCCGUCAACCACGCCAGAGCGGGCUGGUGAAAAAAAGGCGAACAGCCUCAGCAGUGACAGAUGGUCAGUUUUUCAUCUUUAGCUAACCUUUUAUUGUGUUUUUACAAUCAUUUUUCAGGACUUUUGACAUAAUCAUACGAGAGUUUUUUUUUCCUCUUAUCCUAACUACAUUUUUUUUUUCUCUGCACAUGGACAGUUCCCUGAUGUAUGAUAAUAAUCCCUCAUAGUUUCUGAUUUGGUGUAUUUGAAAGAACAAAAGCCAUGAGCUUCAUAGGAGUUCAAACUCACCUGAGGAAGGAGGGUCAGAUCCGUCCGCAUCGUCACAUUUUUAAUACAGCUUUUUUUUUUUUUAAGCACACCUUCACAAAUCCGUCCAAACGCUUCUCCUCGGACUACUUUUACUGUUGAGAUCCAACACAAGGAGAGAUUUCCUGACAUCUGUGUUUUUAGCUUUGAUAGUCUUUUUUUAAUUUUUGCACAGUUAUGUAUAUUUGUGGGAAUUGUUGGUGUUUUUAUAUAUAAUAUCUAACGUGGCCUGUUACACAUGCUUAGUUUGUGGGGAAAAAUGGCAGGUUUUGGAAGACUCCUGUUGACUGGUACAAUGAACACUAUAUCGAUCUUUGUCCUAAUUAGUACCUUUUGGAUAUAAUCAAAUAGCCUGACAAUGCUUAGUAGUGUCAUUUCUGGAAGCACAUGUCACUGUAUUAACUCUAAUUAACUGGAACCCGUAUAGCUGCAGCAAACAAGAUUUAAGUUUCAAGUAUUAUCAUAUGGUGUCAUGUUCCACCUCAGCGUGCUGAGAUGAUGUAUAUACCUUGAUUCCCUUUUUAUUAAAAUCACUUAGAAAUCAGAAAAUGAGACACUGAAAAAUGCUAUUUAGUGUUCAAAAGAUUCAUCCCCUUUUUACAUUACCGUUUGGAAAAGUGGACAAGCCAGUUUUCGAAAAACAUAUAUACAUAUUCCACUCAUCUAAACAAGAUGGACUCUCCAGGAGCAACUCAGAGCUGGACUUCUGACUCAGUAAAGAAACAGCCGCCAUUGAUCUGGUUCUCUCAUCUGAAUGUGUUGAACAGCUCGUUUUGGACUUUAUGUAACGACAGUUUGAUGGAUGAACAUUUGGAAUUAUCUGGAAACAGAUUAAAGUGGUAUAGGAGGUGGAUGGAUGGAUGGAGGGAUGGAUGGAUGGAUAGUUUGAGAUGGAG